AUGGCGAAAUCCACUGGGCCUAAAUCACCAUGGGAGAGACCAGCUCCAAGACAAAUUAAGGUAAAUGUAGAUGGUUCCUUCUAUCUGGAAGAAUAUGCGGGAUCAGUGGCUGCGGUGCUAAGAGAUACUUUUGGAAACUUUGUUGCUGCAUCUACUAUAUAUAUGCCAACUGUUGCAUCUGCUUCUAUGACUGAAGCUCUGGCAAUGAGGGAGGGUUUAGCGCUGGCUAACCGGCUUGGUUAUAACAAUGUGCUAAUGGAAUCAGACUCAACUGAUGUUGUUGAAGCUUGCCGGGGGGAUGAAGCAUGGUGGGGCGAGGUCUCGGCUGUCUUUGCAGACUGUGUUGAUUUGGUGUCACUUAUUGGAUGUGUCAACUUAGCCCGUACUCAGCUGAGGAUCGACAGCGACAACACCAUGAGAACGGAGAUGAUGAUCAGGAUGGAGGCGAGCUCCGAGAAGGGCCAAUACUCCAAGGCCAUGAAGAUCGCAGCCGCAAUCGAUGGAGUGGAGUCGGUGACGGUGUCGGGGGAAGGCCGGAGCCUGCUGCAGGUGGUCGGCGAAGGCGUCGACUCCAACGACCUCAUCAGCAAGCUGCGCCGGAAGGUGGGACACGCCGACAUCGUCGAGCUGCACACCCUGCAGGGUGGCCGCGGCUACGCGAGCAGCAGCGCCACCGGCAGCAGCGGCGGCUACCACUCGGUGCACGACGGCGCGCGCAGUGACUCUGCCACCUACGGCCAGUACAGUAAUCACCAGGGCCCCAGCUACUCGCCGGUGGCGGCUGAUCCGUACUAUUACCGCCACCAGCAGCCGUCGUACGAGUACUACUCUCCGCCGCCGUACCCCGCCACCGUCGUGCUCCAGGAGUACCCGACCGGCGAGGCACCCGGCUGCUCCAUCAUGUAG